AUGGCCGACCCAUUAUCUAUCGCCAGCGGUGUCGCUGGUCUUGUUUCUCUUGGCCUGACUCUAUGUGGCGGUCUUUACAAUUAUUUCAGCGCAGUCAAAGAUCGACAUCAAGACAUCGAGUCUGCCGUCCAGAGUCUUGCCCUUCUGCAGUCAAACAUCUGCAUCAUCCAGUCGAGCACAUUGAAACUUGGUCACCGCCACGCCUUAUCCGCCAAUGGAGUCAAUCAAGGUCUGGCCAAUUGCGAGUCCCAACUCAAGAUGUUGCAGCAAUUGAUGCUGGACCUAACUAGAGCCGAGGGCUUGUCCGAUAUCAAAGGAACAUGGAGAAAGCAAAAGAUGAUAGCUCGGUAUCCCUUCGACCAGAAGAAGUUAACUCAACUACAAGACCAGCUCUCCAAGGCGAAUGCGACUUUGAGCAGUUUCGUGCAAAACUUCAACCUCGAUAUCAAUAUCGGCAUUAGUGAUGACUUGCAUGUUCUCAAAGGCUGCACUAACGCCAACGACAAAAUUACGCACGAUAUAUUAGGUACCAUUGCAAGACAACUCGAAAUUAUCAGCCCAGCUGUUCAACGCACUAGUAUGGAGGUGACCACGUUUCGGCAAAUCAUCCAAGAGCGAUCUGUGGCUACGAGCAGCCACAUUUCCGGUCCCGAGGUCAACCCUCUUUAUCUACAAAACUCAGAAGCCGAAAAAGCGUUUGGCAAAAUAUUAGCCACUGUGGGAUGUACCUGUCAAAAUAGCCCAUGGAAUGCUUGUUCGAAUAGUUCAACUCAAACCCACCAAUCUUGGGGAGGGUUCGUGAUCUCGAAACAAGUCCAGAAACGAGAUCGCCAUGGCCCUGGCUGUAUUUUCUUCAAACAAUCAUUCAAGAGGACAAAGACUACAAUAACCUAUCUCGGGCUUCGGCAUUUCGCUUCCCAAGCUCUCUCUAUAUCGUUGGAUCGAGACUAUCCGGCUGGGGGAUAUAGUCUCUCUUUUGGACUGAGGCCAUGCAACAUUGUUGAAUCAAGUCCGGCUUUCGAUCUUCUUCUAUGUCCAUGCACUCACAAACCAAAACAUGUGACUUUUCCUGGUGAUUAUGAAACCUUCCCUCGCGGGGCGUCUUUCUUUAAGCGGUUUCAUUCACAAGAGGCCAUUGCCGCAGUCAUUCAAAAGCUAGGGGCAACAUAUAGCUCUGGAGCUGCGUCGCCAUUUGAUGUAGAUGAGAAAGGAAAUAAUAUUGCUUAUAAAUACUUGGACGGCUAUCUAGGUCACAUGGGCCGUGACGGGUUGUUCGACGAAAAAACAUUUGAAGCUAUUCGCAUGCUUCUUUCAUAUAUGGCCAAUAUUGGAGUUCCAGUCACUGCUUCUAAUUUUGAGCAAAGGACGGUAUUGGACAUUUGUGUAGAUCCUGGUCGGUUGCGUAUUCUCCCCUGGUUUUAUAGCCUGAUCACCACCCUCGAUCCUUCCUUUUAUGCCAACGAAAUUGCCCAUGGCAAUCGCAUGUGUUUAGGAUAUAUCGAUGAAUAUUGGUUCGAAUCUAUGAAUAUUUGGACCGAGCACACUGAUAUUACCGAAGCCUUCGGGUUUAACGAAAUCUUUAGGAUCAUCAUACAGAGAGAUGAGAAACGGCUGAAAGCCAUAUUAGCUGAUAGCGAGUCUCCACGGGGGUUUCUGGAAGCAGAUAUAUAUGGACGUAAUGUGUUGCAUGCAAGCGUUACUUGGCCGAAGGGCUUGAGUCUACUCUUACAACACAAAAAAGCACACCUUUUGCUUGACGACGACUUAUUCAAAUGUACUACACCUCUGAACUUGGCCCUGGUGGUCAGUGGAGUGAUCUGUAACGCGCCGGACAGAUGGGUACUUUGUCAGGACUGCAACUGUGCUAUUUCCGUUCAACUUCUCCUUGAGGCCGACUGCGGUGUAUUACUGCACUCACCAAUGCCUGGAGCUCUUGAAAGGUGUUCGUUAAGAUCCCGAAAGCUAUUCUUCCAACAUUUCAGAAACCGAAGGGAGCGGCUACGAGAUAUUUCUCUUGCAUUACUUCCUACUGAGAUUUUAAGUCGAUACGGAGUGACGACUGAGUCUCUCCCUGAUGCUACGGCAGGAAUUCUAUGGGAUGAGUUACAACCGCGCAUCGGUAGCUCGAGCAAUCAGGGCAUCGAGAUAAGUAACGGUAUCCAGCCUUACUCCUUUCCCUGGGAUUUUCAAAGUCUUUUCAACAAUCGACUUUCUCCUGAAAUAUGUCACCUAGCCAGUGAGUUCGGCUUCCUGCCGUCAGAUGAGAGUGGUCUUGAGCCAUUUCUAUCACGAGUUAAUAUCUUUGGUGACCAACAAGCACCUCAUGGUGCGGAACGACUUCUUGAGAUGAAUGUUACAUAUAUCACGUGGUUGCUGAAGCACGAUCUCACACUUUGCUACACCACAUCCGGCUUUCAGUCGACGGCAUUUCACCGCAUUGGAGCGAGCCUUGGCGCAGAGUUAGGAAUUUCCAGGUCCAUUAUCGGCAGCAUACCUUCACCGCCGUCACAGGAGCUCAGCAACCUUGUUUCAAAAAUAAGCUGUAGCGAUGCCCAGUCCAAUAAGCCAUGUCCUUGUUUAUCAGGAAUAUUUAAUCGGCCUUUGGCGUCUCUAUUGUCGAGUUUCAUUGAUAAGGCUACCCGACUUUUCCAGCAGUCUUUUCGAAUUAUAGACAGUGUCGAGGAUAUCAUGUGUAUAAUUGUCUUAAUUGAAGACACUACACCAAGCAUUGAUACAUCAUACCUGGCCAGAUGUGCAGCCCAUAUGUUGACAAUGACAAUUCUGGGUAUAAGGCACUUGCCGAUCUGUAUCGAUGUUGCUUCGAGCGAACAGAUGAGCCAGAAUGAAUCGGCUAACGAUGAUGAUGAGGCGGAAAUACUGGAUGAGGACAGACUUCUGGUCGAAAGACUUGAAGCUCUUGAUGAAGAGGUUGAAAAAGAAUUUCAGCACCGAAAGGAGUCAGUGGAGGAAUUUCUCAAGGGAUACUAUUAUAGAAGAAUGAAAAAGGCGCGGAGGGAAAUGGCCGUGCCUUUAUCUGAUGACGAUAGGCUGGACCUUCUUGAUGCUGGGGUGAUACUGAACAUCUCAGAUGAGCAUGGCUACGAUUCUACUUCUGACGAUAUGGAAAGCGAAGACUACGACAAUGAUGAUAUUAUAGAUGAAGGAAGAAAUACCUGCCAUGUCCACUCGCAUCAACGGAGAGCCUCUCGAGCUCCUUCCCCCGAGGGCGCCUUCCUACUUGUAGCUAGCUCUACGCUUAAUCUUUACUAA